UUUUUUGCAUAUAUUAAUCAAGCGAGAUUGGUUCAAUUUUCCGACACGCCUGCCCUCGACGCCGGAAAAGAUGACGUUAAGGGCAAAGUCGUUUUCCAAGGAAUUGGCAUGACUAACAGCCGUAGCUAAGCUUUCCGGCACUGCGCCGUCUUUACUUUAACCGAACCGCAGUGUAUUUGCAAAUUGGCAAUUAAGGCACAGGCCUAGUCUGCUGUAAGGGACCAAUUUAGUCGGUCAAUCUAGAACUCAGCCGCCACCAUGAAUUGAAAGCACUGUUUCUCUGGUCGGAUCGAUAGAUCGACUGCGGGGAAGUACCGAAAGAAAAGUCUCGCGGAGCUUGACUUGCCUUAUUAGGCCCGGCGAGCUGCAGGAUGUCGCCAGCAGAUGGUAGGUACGAUAGGAGCACUACCGACAAGUUCAUUCGAUAUUUAGUGGUUAAUUUAUAUACCCUUUGGAUGCCCUUACCUCCAAGAUGUCUUUGAUUUUACGAACUCCUUCUGAGCACAUCUAGACGCGAUGCAUAUUCGCCAGCUAUUGUUGGGGCUCGGUCUCGGCACCGACACAUUUGCUGCUGCAGCACUGCUUUCUGAACCGGGUGAAGUCACCGUCAUACCAUCGUGGGACAUUCAAUCGACCGAGAAAGUCGGCACAGAUCUCGAAGCAUUAUCGCAGCCGGGCGUCGAUACGAAGACAUGGCAUGCGGUCGACAGUUCUCGCUGCACCCUCAUGGGUUGCUUAAUAAAAGCUGGCGUGUACCGCGAGGACGGGCUAUUCUUCUCUAACGCUCUAAAGAGCUUCAACUUGAGCCAAUUUGGGGUGCCUUGGAUAUAUCGGAAAGAAUUCGCCCUUACCCCUGAACCUGGCCAACAUUACCAUAUCCGAACUCAUGGAAUCAGCUCCAGCGGCGAUAUUUAUGUCAAUGGCCAGGAGGUCGUGGCGAGCGAGUUGCAGGCGGGUGCCUAUGUCGGUAAUACUUUCGAAAUUACCGACAAAGUGAAGGAAUCGAAUGCGGUAGCAAUUCAAGUUCAUCCCACCGACUACAACUACAACUUCGCUCUUGGGUUCGUAGAUUGGAAUCCAUAUCCACCAGAUAACGGCACCGGGGUGUGGCGAGAUGUAGAGGUAAAGCAGACGGGCCCAAUCGCUUUGGGACCUCUGCGGGUGAGCACACAAGCCAAUUUGCCAAUUGGGCAUUCUAGUGCUCUCGUGACAUUGAAAACGACUGUCACGAACUUAGAGGAUCGCGAGUACGAUGUUCUGUUAGUAGGGAGCAUCUCCCCAGAGGGAGGGGCUAGCCAAAGCUACGAGAUGAACCAGACCCUUACGGUGCCCCCGAAGCAAUCCAUUGAAGCAGUCUUGGAGACAGCGAUUAACGAGCCUGCGAUAUGGUGGCCUAAGCAAUGGGGCGACCAACCACUUUACACAGGCCAACUGUCCGCGACGGCCGAUGAAACCAUUUCUGACAAGAUAGAGAGAACUUUCGGUAUCCGCAAGGUAACGGCGGAGCUCAACGCCAACAACGACACUGUGUUCUAUGUCAAUGGCUAUCCAUUCCAGGUUGUCGGCGCAGGUUACUCGGCAGAUAUAUUUCUGCGCUGGGAUAGUGCUAAGUUUGCUUCACAAGCCAAGUUGAUGCUCGAUCUAGGCCACAAUACCGUUAGGCUGGAGGGUAAGAAUGAACACCCGGAACUCUAUGAAGUCGCGGACCGUUUGGGGAUAAUGGUCUUACCAGGCUGGGAAUGCUGUGAUAAAUGGGAGGCCUGGAAGUAUAACGAAGAUUUGGCCGUCAAGUCAGAGUGGACGGAAGCCGAUUACAUCAUAGCGAACAAGAGCAUGUCCCACGAAGCUCUCAUGCAACAGGGCCAUCCGAGCAUAUUGGGAUAUCUGGUUGGGAGUGACUACUGGCCGGACGAUAAAGCGGCGGAGAUGUAUUAUUAUUCGCUUCAGGCAGCAGACUGGCAGAUGCCCAUCGUCGCAUCAGCAUCGGAGAGAGGAUACCCUAAGAUUUUAGGGCCGUCGGGGUUAAAGAUGGCAGGACCAUACGAUUGGGUACCGCCAAAUUACUGGUACGAUGUCGAUCCGGCGGAAGAUCGUCUAGGUGCUGCUUUCGGAUUCGGCUCUGAGCUCGGUGCUGGUGUUGGAACGCCGGAAAUUGGUAGCCUAAAAAAGUUUCUGUCGGAUUCUGAUCUAGAAGAUCUUUGGAAGAAUCCGAAUAAGGGCCUUUACCAUAUGUCGACGAGCGUGUCAUCCUUCUACGAUCGGAAAAUCUAUAACGAUGCCCUAUGGAAUCGUCUCGGUGCACCUUCUUCGUUGGAGGACUACCUGCUCAAAGCGCAAAUCCUCGACUAUGAAGCGACGAGGUCUCAAUUCGAAGGGUUUGCCGCUUUAUGGAAUGCUGAAAGGCCUGCGACAGGCCUGAUAUAUUGGAUGCUGAAUAACGCCUGGCCGAGCUUGCACUGGAACUUGUUCGAUUAUUAUCUACACCCCGCUGGAUCCUACUUCGGGGCCAAGGUCGGUGCAAGAAAAGAGCAUGCCGCAUAUGACUAUAAUGGGAAGCUGGUAUACUUGAUCAACCGCUCUCUAGACCAAGAUGGACCGAGGACAGUAGCAGUCCAGGUCAUUGACAAGAACGGUAAAGAAGUUUACAAGACCCAGAAAGUUAUCCAGACCGAACCAAACACCAGCAAAGAAAUCCUGGAUCUGUCUGAUGCUCUCGCGGCGAUCACGGAUGUCGUGUUCCUGAGGCUCAUCUUGUCUGAUGGCGAAGCUGCUGUUAUAAGUCGUAACGUCUAUUGGCUUGCUAAGACGAUUGAUACCCUGGAUUGGGACAACUCGGACUGGUUCUACACACCGGUGACGCAGUAUGCCAAUUUCACAGCGUUAAACAGUUUGCCGACUGCUGAUGUCUCAGUAACGCUUGCGGCGCCCGCGAAGAGAGACAAUUCGAAAGCAGGACAAGUGGUUGUGGUUGAGAACCACUCCAAUGUUCCCGCAUUCUUCGUCACGCUUAACCUCGUAGACGGAGAAGGGAAUGAUGUGUUGCCUGUAUUUUGGUCGGAUAAUUACGUUACUCUAUGGCCUAAUGAGAAACUAGAGCUGCAGGUAGAAGGUGAAGGCGGUGUUUCUGUACAAGUCGUCGGUAAAAAUGUUCGUAAGGCGGAGGUAUUUUUGUAAUUAAUAAUCCUACAAUCUGCUGGGAUAUGGAAUGGGAUAUGAGCGUGAC